CGCUCGCUUGGCCCUUUCUGCACUGUCAUCUGCCCCGGUGAGGCUCAACUCCGGAGUGGGACUAUCCGAAACGCUCCGGACCACAAGCCCGACUCCACCCAGCAGGGAGGGAAAGGAGACAGAUUGGGCAGAAUCCCAGGCCUCACCACCAGCAGCGGAGUUCGAAGAAAUGGGCAACGUGCAGGAGCGCCCAUCAGAGACCAUUGACCGGGAACGGAAACGGCUGGUAGAGACAUUGCAGGCUGACUCUGGGCUGCUGCUGGAUGCGCUGGUGGCCCGGGGCGUCCUCACUGGGCCCGAGUACGAAGCCUUGGAUGCGCUGCCCGAUGCAGAGCGCAGGGUGCGCCGCCUACUGCUGUUGGUGCAGAGCAAGGGCGAGGCAGCCUGCCAGGAGCUACUGCGCUGUGCCCAGCAAACAGUGCGCAUGCCAGACCCGGCCUGGGAUUGGCAGCACGUGGGGCCCGGCUACCGGAACCGCAGCUAUGACCCUUCAUGCCCAGGCCACUGGACGCCAGAAGCACCCAGUUCAGGGACCACAUGUCCUGAGCUGCCAAGAGCGUCAGAGCAAGAGGAGGUCGGAGGUCCUGAGGGCUCUGAGGCACUGCAGCCUCGAACUCCAGAGGAGCCAGAACUAGAAGCUGAAGCUACUGAAGGGGAUGAGCCAGACCUGGAACAAGAAAUGAAUCCAGAACAAGAGCCGGAGCCGGAGCCCGAGCCAGAACCCGAACCCGAGCCCGAGCCGGAACCCGAGCCCGAGCCAGAACCCGAGCCCGAGCCGGAACCCGAACCCGAGCCCGACUUCCAAGAAGAGGAUGAAUCUGAAGAUUCCUGAAGGCCAGAAUCCUUAGCUGUCCAAUCCUAUUUGUGCUGGAUAAGACCUGGAAACCUGCCAGAGCUUGACCCCAUCGAUGCACCGAGACACCUACUGCCAAAUGAAUAAACUCAGGAGGGUCAGUCUGUUCCUGACUCUCCACAAGUCUGGCUCUUUGCUCAAGAACUGAGGGUGAGCGUGGGUCUGAAUCCCACUGACCUGAGCAGGCUUGUGUGAAAAUACCCCCAUCCCCUCAAAAACAUUCCACUUCCCAAAGAGCCCAAGCUGUAAUUCUGGAGAUCUCAGAUGCAGGCCCCCAAAUCUGACCCUCCCUCACCCACUUUAUUCCCCUCAGGGGCCAUUUGGGAGGCCGAGUGGGCAACACUUCUAAUCCAUGGAAAUCACUCGGCUUGGUGUACCAAGCAAGUGAAGGGGGAUGUCCAUCCACACAUGGAGAGAAGUCUUGGCGCUCACAGUCUUGCAGGGAGGACCUGAGAGGAAACUUGAGUAGACAGAAGCCACACACAUCAUUGUAACUGCUGUUUAAUUGUCUGGCUUUCCUCUGAACUGGGAGCUCAGUGAGGGGCGUGGGGUCUAACCAGUCACAGACAUACACAAGGAGCUCUGCACAUAUCUACUAAGUAAAUGAAUACAAACUUCCCAGCUGUGUUUCCAAGCUUCACAGAUGGAAACAUUAACUGAAAAGCCAGGGUUAGGACAGUACUAGCUCACUCUCCCACCGCUGAAUCUGAAGUGAAAUGAAAGCCUUAACCAGCUCUGUACUAAUCCUGGCCUGAACGUGGGAUAACAAACCCUAGGGCCUGCCCUGUAGGUUUGAUUGUGGUUGCUCCCGCCUGUCCUAACCACUGCCAGAGACCAGCUGUGAGGCUGUGGUUAAAGACAGGCACAACCAAGACUAACAUGGGGACUGAGGGUGGGACCAGGUGCUGGACUCACAAGACACAAGACACAGUGUGUCUGUGUGAGUGAUAAGAAAGGGGGUCUAGGGGGCUGGAGAGAUGGCUCAGUGGUUAAGAGCACUGACUGCUUUCCCAGAGGUCCUGAGUUCUACUCCCAGCAACCACAUGGCGGCUCACAACCAUCUGUAAUGGAAUCUGAUGCCCUCUUCUAGUGUGUCUGAAGACAGCUACAGUGUACUCGUAUACAUAAAAUAAAUAAGUCUUUGAAAGAAAAGAAGGAAGGAAGGAAGGAAGGAAGGAAGGAAGGAAGGAAGAGAGAGAGAGAGAGGGAGAGGGAGGGAGGGAGGAAGGAAGGAAGGAAGGAAGGAAGGAAGGAAGGAAGGAAGAGGGAGAGAGGGAGGAAGGAAGGAAGGAAGAGGGAGAGAGGGAGAGGGAAGGAAGGAAGGAAGGAAGGAAGGAAGGAAGGAAGGAAGGAAAGAAGGAAGGAAGGAAGGAAGGAAGGAAGGGGUCUAGGAACAUACGGUACUUUUCCAAAGGAUCCUGCCCCUACAUGGAACUACUACUACUACUACUACUACUACUACUACUACUACUACUACUACUUCCGGGCCCCGCCUGGAGGCAUGAAAUGACCCCAUGAGGGCGACUAUGGAACAAUGCAUGACCAGUGAGACAGACAGAAUGCUGAAAGGCAAAGCCCAGCCCAGCUGGGUCUCUGAGCCUGAGUGACAGCCGGAACCCCAUGCUCAGGCAAAUCACCUCAGAGGGGUUCCCAACUCCUGCUGGCCCCAGUGAGAGGUAGAGGUAUGAGUGUAGAAGGAGCACCAAUCGGCCAGGUAGGGGGAAGGGAAGGAGUGGUACCAGACACCCAAAGCCAUCUCAUGCAGGAACAAGUUUCUAUUCCCAAACCAACCCACAUUUCUAUUCACACUCAGCUCCCAUCUCAUCGCCCUCCCAUCUCCCCUGCUCAGGAGUUUAUGUGACAUGCUGCUGCAGUUCACAGGCCCCAGGAAGGGUAGCAAGGACAAAAACCUUCUAACGUUGCUUCUCAUCUGCCCACGAUGCUCCUGGCCUCCCAAAUGCCCCCAAGAAACACCUAGGCUAUGGAACCAUAAAGAACUUCAUAUUCCGAUCUGUG